AUGGAACUUAAGGUGAAUUGUCCUGUAAUGUUAUUACGGAAUAUCAAUCAUUCCGAGGGGUUAUGUAACAGAACACGCCUUACUUGUCUAAAAUUUGAGAUAAAUGUUAUUUUUGCUGAAAUCACAACUGGCGAAUAUUGUGGAAAACAAGUUUUCUUACCUAGGAUCUCAUUUAUACCUCUUAAAACUGAUCGAACUACAAUUCAAUUUAAAAGGAUUCAGUUCCCAAUUAGAUCCGACUAUCAGCAAGAAUUCAAACGAGACGAGAUAGUAUAUCUUCUGUUUGUUAUCCCAACGUUAGAGAGACGUCAAAAAUAUUAUACUAAAAGUUUUAUGUUGGAUAUUCAUUUGUUAUAUUGGAAUGAAUUUACAGUCAUUUUGUACGGAACAUUAUCUUUAGCUGAAAGUAGGAAAUGCUGUAGUAUUCUUUAG